UUUAAUUAAUAUAUCAUAGACUACGUCUGCUCAGUAUUAUUCAGCUCAGAUAAAGGCAUCACACGCUUUCUUAGAGAAUUUGCCGCGUCAAAGGACUACGAUAUCAUUUCAGCACAAGUAGUUUUAUUAGGCUUCAUAACAACGUUUAUAAAGAAAGCAAAGUCAUCCUUACAGAUUUACGCUUCGGAUAUAAAAGGCUGUUGUGUCCAACUGGCAGCAACAGGAAGUGCAAGAGUUCGUACUGUGGCAAUUGACGCUCUUAUCGCAAUGCUUGAUACGCGUAUAAGCCAUCUGGAUACAUCAGAUUUGAAUAUUGCUAGUAUCUAUAGACGCUUUUCGGACAUGUAUACUUUACCACCCACAAGGUUACCUGUGUCCGUCAAAGCCAAAGUGAUUGAGCUGCUAGGAACAAUAGCAAGGUUUUAUCCCAACCUGCUGAAUCAAAAUGAUCCACAGAUCCUAAAAAGAUGGUGUCUUGAUUCCUUGGACUACAUCUUGAAUAAUACAUCUAAUGACUAUGCAUUUAUCUCUGGCGCAGUCAAUUGUCUAAACACCCUCAUAUCUUCUAAGAACCACCUAAUUGAACCUGAGUCUCGAGAAAGUGAUCGAUUGUUUAAUAUUCUUUUGAAGCUACUCUACAUUCCACCUGACAUCAAUCGAUAUGCAGAUACAAUCGCUGCUUUAGAGCUCUUUACCUCACACACACAUCUCUUUACAAAUUUAAUUCUGCCAAACUGUGAAAAGCUCUACAAGUUCCUGCAGAUCUGUUCCACGCACCAAAACAGGCUUGUAUUUAAGUAUGGAACAUUUGCAUAUGAAAAGUUCUUGAUCGCCUUGACAGAGAUUCUUUGUAAAAACCUUGAUGGUGACCGAGAAAGAUCGGUAUUCUUGUUUUUUAUGAAUGACUUUAUGCAAUCACUUGAACUCGGUAAUGACUUGGAACAUUUUUAUCAAACUUCUGCUGCAAUUCGAGGCAUUGGUUACUUUUCAAAAGUAUGUGCUCACAUGCUGAGCAAGGAAGAGAUUGAUAAACUUUGUGCAGAAUUAGUAAGAAAAAGCAACUGGUUUUAUUCUGACAUGAAUGCAGAACAGCAUGAAUACUUGCGACAUCUGCCUUCCUUCCUCCGAGCUUAUUCUUCCUUUGCAGGACAGCUAGAAUCAGUACCCAAUGAAUUAAUAGUAUCACUCUAUCACAUGUGUGAUAUAUUCAUUCUGAGUUUUGUACGCAUGAGUGGAUAUCAUAGAGUUCAAGGCUCAGCAGCCAUUGUGGGCUUGCUUGAUAUGCUCUAUCAGAGAGGCGAAGGUGUACUCCGUAAAUUCUUGAAUAGAUUCAUUGAUAAGGCGUUGAUUUAUACUUGUAUGGACGUUGAAAUGCCAGAUGGGGGAACAAGACAUGCUUAUCUGGACCUGUUAUACUUUUGGGAAACAUUACUUGCGAAAAAGUCAGCGAAAAGAUUUAUUACCAAUCCAAUAUCUCUGACAGAAGAUGAAGACUCUAAUGAACUGGUAGAACAAAGCGAGCCUGAUGAAGCAGCCAUGCCUCUUGAUCCAGAACAGCCUCAAAGCUCUUCUUUACCGUUUUUACAAGUGCUUUAUGACAUGUUCUUUUCUUCUUUUCUUCACAUGAUGAAGUCAUUCAACUUGAGCUUGAAGAAUACAGAAGCUGAUGAUGCAGAAGCGACCAACUUGAACAGCAUUACUAAUACGUUGCGUCCGAUAAACCAAAAGGAUUUUUUGAUAUUUCAAAAUUUUAUCGAAUUCUGGUGCAUGCUUCUCAAGAAGUUAGAGAACGAAAGAUUGUUUGAUUGUAUGUACAUCCUGGGUACAUCUAUUAUUGAUCAAAGCAUUCAGCAUCCUUUGGUUAGUGGAUUUUAUAAAAUGCUAGCAGAAAUGCUUGCCAUCGCAAAGAAAAACCAUAUAUUUGAUAACUGUAGAAAGCAUUAUCUCGACAAUGAGCUUAUGGACGAAAGAGGGGAAGAAAAGCAAGAUGUGUACGUAACCUACUUGGCAUUUCAAAGCUACGUGAAGGAAAUUUGGUACAGGCUCCAGCAGUUCACUGAUGACCUUUUAGCUUCUUGUUUACGGCUUGUGUUGAUUUAUGCUACAGCAUUCUUUAGUGUGGAAGAACUCAUUUCUCCUCUUGAAAAGGCCUUACAUUUGGGCAUUACCUAUAACCCUUUAGCAGUUGUUGCCAUGGAUACCCUGGAUGAACUCCUAGCCUCUAAGGCAGAGUAUGAAAUCGACGAUACCUUCUUAUCCCGCAUUUUGCCUUGUAUCAAUGAAUAUCUUUUGAUCGGUAUGGUAAAUACAAGUGAGUACGAGGACAGUAAUGGCAUCGACGGUCUGAAGAAACGGCCUUAUAAAGUGCUUACAGCAGCUCAACGUCGAUAUGAAGCCGUCAAAAUAACUACUAGAAAAUCCGAACUUGGUGUAGCUACCAGCGAGUAUACUUCACUUCAAGAACUUCAACUGCGAAUGAUGCGGUUUCUGGGCCGUUUGGGGGGUAAAAACAAACAGUUACUGAUAAAUGAUAAAGACGGCAUGCAAAAGAACGAUAUGUUAGCUUGGGACCCUGUGAAGCGAUUGAAAAUACAUUUACCUUUUCAAAAUGCAAAAGUUAAUAUCUAUAUAGAUGAAUUCCUUCCUCGUAUUUGUGAAUUGGCAGAAUCUUCGCCAGAUAGACGUGUUAAAGUGGCAGCAUGCGAAUCUCUGCACAGUCUUAUCAUUUUGAUGUUAGGAAAUAGUGCACUGCAAAUCAGGAAUACAAGAAAUUCAACAGAGACCAACUACUACAAGCUCUAUGUUCGCAUAUUUCCUAUUGUGUUACGUCUGGCUAUCGACCCUGAUCAGGUAGCAAGGGGCAUGUUUCGACUUUUAAAUUCCCAAAUCAUCCAUUGGUUUACCAAUAAUGCCUAUUAUGAGAAUCCAGAAACAACAGCGUUAUUACAAGCACUGCUAAGCGCCUCUUGUAACUCGGAUGCAAGCUUACGAGAUUACGGAGCAGAAUGUAUUCAAGAAUUUGUAAAGUGGUCUAUCAAACAGACUUCAAGAGUCACGGAUGGAGCACAAAAUAUUAAAUCUUUACUAAAGAGAUUAUACAACCUCAUGUCACAUCCAAGCGCUAUUCAGCGAUUUGGAGCAGCUCUAGUAUUCAAUCGUAUCUAUCGACUUUUCAGAGAAGAAUCCGUACUAGUGAACGAAUACACUCUAGAGAUUUUAGGACAACUCUUCUUUAGCUUAAAGCUAUCAGAUUCAGAUCACCCCUCCAUGGGCACUCAUGAUCAGAUCAUUGAAGCAAUCUCACAUGUGAAGCGUAUCUUGCGCGAAAAAACCUCGAUUUUUUUGGAAAGCAAUCCAAUUAGAAGACCAUUUCUGGGUGAUGACAAAGUCUGUGAUCUUUCUUCUGUCGUAGCAUGGGCUUUCUAUGAAAGCGGAAAGCACCAGCGCGCUUAUGCUAAAGCGUGCAUAGAUUUCUUUAGUGAAUUUGUUCUGAAGCUUCCUGCUGUAGAAACCGGGAAACAAUGGUUAUUGAAACAAAUGAAUCAAGACCCAUUCUUUUUGACAAACAUAUUCGAAACAAAUAAUUUACAGCCUCCAUCAGUUUUCAUCUUGGAAGAAAAGCUAAUAACCACUUAUUUGUCCUGGAUCAGUCAACUGAAUGUCACGGUUGAUGGAUAUAUUUGGUUAACUGAAAGGGAUGUUAUAGACCCUGUGGAGCUAUUAUCUCAAGGAUCAUCUGUAUUUCUAGAGGCAAUAUCCUACUUUAUUCGCAAUGCGCCUGAAGAUGUGUUGCAAGACAAGAUCGAGCAAAAUACCAUUGAAAAAACUAAAAUACAAUCUCUUUAUUGUUAUAUUUCUGCAAGGUUAGUCUACUUGUUUGAUUUGCUCAUCAAAUCUCCGGAGAAUGGGACUACUUGCUUUUCAUUGAUAAACAACAACGCUUCAGAUAUCUUCCUCCAUGAACGCUUUGCAGACGUAGUUGCUAAUAUCCUUUUAUUUCCGAAAAAGUUAUCAGAGGAUAUAGAAGCUAGUCAAAGAAAUAAUGUGACUAACUCGAGUACAAGCAGAAUCUUUCAUCUUGCCAAGCAUUUUAUACUUACAGCACAUGAAAAAUCAUAUACAGCCCUUGUAGACAGUAUUAUUCAAUCGAUGGCACGAAUCACCAUUAACAGUGAUACAAGUCUUGCCAUAAGCUUAGAUGAUAGUAGAGGUCGGUCAUCACUUGUUGCAAUGAUUGGUACGGCUGAAGCUAUAGAGUUUGUGCAAUCCAUUGGCCUACUGGACUUGUUAUGCCAAAAAGCCAACGAGAUAGAAAAGAAGCACCCGAGCACUUCGACUGGCUACUGUACUACACUGUUUAGUCAUUACUUGACAUAUCAUAAAGUAAACACAGAGCCUCUAUGGACCGAACUACUGGGGAAAAUGAUUUCUAUAUCAUUUGCACAGCCAGAACUUGCGGUUGAAGAGACAUCUAUUUUUUUGGGCUUCUCAGGAACUGGUGAUAUUUCAGAUGCAGAAAAGCUAAGCAACUUUCAAAAAUAUAGACAGCGUGUUUAUGAUGCUAUUGCCUAUAACUUUGCCAAAGUUUCAACAUUAUUUAUUGAAAAUAUAUCCCAUCCUCUUGUGGCAGAUUAUUUAAUCUUGCUAUUUGGUUAUUAUAAAGAGAAUAGGAUAAAUCAUAGAAAGGCAGUUGCAAGCAUAGCAGAUUUCCUCAUAGAAGAUCCUGCUCUCUUGGAAGCAAUGGUUUCCGAAUGGAACACUCCAGAGAAGAGACUUAACCUCAUUAUCUGCUUGGAACUGCUGUUUGGCGCUGAUCCCGGUAUUCUGAUAAGGGCAAAAAGAAAGCGUAUAUUUGAUAUUCUUUUUGAAUCAUUCCUUAUACUACUUCAGAAAGACAAUUCAAAUGAAGUUAUCCGCAAUACGCUAGAUUUGCUUCCUGUUUUCAUCACUUUGGACGGCCCUUAUUUAGAAAAGAUAACAGACGCUUUGCAGAUAUCGGUUGUGAGUCAAUUUCCUGCUGUAUCUGCAGAAUUAUCAGUAGGGACAAGGAUAUAUAAUGAAUAUAUAGCUGUUUUGGAUAAACUACUGAAUGUCAUGGUCAGCUUCAAAUCGGUCCCUAUCUUCAAGUUACUAAAAGGAACAUUUGUACAAGAAGAGCAUCACAUCCAUGAGCAAAAGAUCCGUGACUCAAUUGCAAAGUUCUCUAAAAACCUGGGACUCUUUAGCUUUCUGGAUGUUACUCAAGCAUGCUUUGAUCAAUUUAAAGACAAGAGCAUAAUGAUUGUGCACAGACAGAACAUCAUAAGCUUAGUAACAUCAAUGCUUCCUUUGGCAGAUAGUGGGCAUGUUUCUACUUUUUAUGAGAAGAAUAUAGUAGACAUAAUGGAUGUCAUUAUGAGGCCACCUCUCCUACAUGGAACUAAUCAGCAACAUGUUGCGGAUAUGAAGGAGAGGUCUUCAUGCUUCAAACUAAUGCAAAUAUCCUUUUUCAAUCAAAGCCAUUAACCUCUAUUUGCGUGUUUUAUCUAUUAUCCUUAACCUUUUUGCUUACGCUUUAUAUGAGAUUUUGCCCCCAGAAUUAGUAAGUGGACCAGGUAGUCAGAUCAGCAUUACAUA